AUGUCUAAUCUCGACCAGUUGGUAGAGCUCUUGAACAAAAACAACUUCAAGACCCGUGGUUUCGAGCAGCUGCUCAAGGAGGACUAUGCGCCGGCCGGCCCCGCGGGCUCCGCCGCGAAUUUCGAGCACGCGUUCGACGUCAUUGUAGAAAACCAGCGUGGCGUCAAGCUCUUGGGCAUCCCGCUUUUCAGUGGCAAGUCGCUUCUUCCGCUCAUGGACCCGCCCAUGUACCAGCGCUUGGACGGCGUGAAGGUGACCUUGGCCCACGAGGCCAUGGCGAACUACCCUCUUCCGGGAGUCGACUGGCACUGGUCGUGGGCGCUGUGGUAUGUGUUGAUGCUAUACGACGUGGACGAGUCGGGGUGGCUGUACCUGACUUUCUGGCGGCCCACAUCCUCGUGGCACGGGCGGUACCACGUGUCUGAUUUUGUGCGCCGGCGGCUCUGGGUGCGGAGGCGCCACCGGGACCGGCAGCCUGGAAGUUAG